AUGAGAGUAGGAUGCAAGAAAGAGAGAAAAUGUAAAUUUAAUAUGCAGCCGACAAAUUUAUGUCUAAAUUAGAUGUAACAUAUAUAAAAAUGUAAAAUUUAUGAGAUUGAUAAAUUAAAAUUAGGACAAUUAAAUGAAGAUCAGCUAUAACUAUUUAAUUAUUUACUAAAACUCAUAAUACCUUAUUAUUUGAAAAUGAUGCAAACAUUUUUUACAAAUCUCAGCUGA